UGGCAGUGGGGAACAGGUAGACUGUGGUCCACGGCCGUGUUUACAGGUUGCACACAUCCACACAUCGGCGUCCACACACCGCGGACUCAGGACACGUCGGUUUACUUGGGAAAGCGGGAACACGAGUGGGUUGUUUGGGCUGAGGAAGGAAGUCCCGUGCACACUAAAAGCAAUGACAGGGCUAUAAUUAUCCACGAGCGCGUGUGGGUUUUUUCUCCUUGUUCCGAGCUCCAGGGACGGGUGUCUUUUUUUGAGGAAGGGACUCCGAGUCUUUGUCUGGAUACACGGAGGAAUAAAACUGGAAAGGCUCCACGGAUGAACACGAUUCUGACCUCCACGUGAACACUUUGCAUCGAAUUAAAAAAAACCGACUCACUGAAGCUGAAUUCAUAUUUAUGCUUUAGGGACCGCUCGGACACUUAAGCACUCCUGUUUCCAGAAGGUUUUAGUUCAACAGCAGCGAUGCAGGACAUGGACCCCGAGGAGCAGGAGCCAUUUCCCGUGGACAGGGACGGGAGGCGUCUGGGGAGCGGACAGGACCAACCUGAUGGCGGUAAGGUGGGAUGCUGCGAGAAGUUUCAACAGACUAUCUCCAGAUGGAUGCUUCCAGAAAACCACCGCCGCACAUAUCUGGAACGGGCCAACUGCUGCCCGCCCCCCAUCUUCAUCAUCCUCAUCAGUAUUGGAGAGUUGGCAGUGUUCAUCUACUACGCUGUGUUGAAGCCACAGAAACAGUGGGUGACCCUGGAUCAGGCCAUCUGGAACAGCCCUCUCACAUACAAACCUGAAUGCCGGGAGGAAGCAUGGCGCUUUAUCUCCUACAUGUUUGUCCAUGCUGGUGUGGAGCACAUCGUGGGUAACCUGCUGAUGCAGCUGCUACUGGGCAUCCCACUGGAACUGGUUCACAAAGGAUUUGAAGUGGGCAUGGUUUACCUGGCUGGUGUCCUGGCAGGUUCUCUGGCCAGCUCCAUUUUUGAUCCUCUUAGUGCCUUGGUGGGGGCCUCUGGAGGAGUAUAUGCACUAAUAGGAGGCUACUUUAUGAACGCAGUGGUGAAUUUUCGUGAGAUGAUUCCUGUGCUUGGAGUUUUUCGUAUCCUUGCCAUUGUAGCUAUCGUCGGCACAGACUUUGGUUUCGCUUUCUACAGAAGAUUUUUCACUGACGAUGCUGGGUUGAGGGUGUCCUUCGUGGCCCACUUUGGAGGGAUUGUAGCCGGAAUGACCAUCGGCUACGUCUUCUUCAGCGCCUACAACCAGAAGCUACUCAAAGACCCUCGUUUCUGGCUGUGUAUAGUGGGCUAUGUGGUCUUUGUCAUCUUCGCUGUGCUCUUCAACGUCUUCCUCUCCCCAGCAUCCUAGUAAACAAAAAGACAUAUCGACCUACUGUACCUUUUUAUAAAGUCAACACUAAAAGCCUUAAUCUUGCACUCAGGAAGAUGAUAUUUUACUGAUGUUUUUUUUAUUUAGAGUUAUCAGGGACUUUGUGAACCUGCUCUACAGAGUUUAGGAUUUAUGAUAUCCAUCUCUAUCACAACUGAAUGAGUUCAUAUGAAAGAUUGCCUCCUGGUGUUCAUGUGUAGUAUUACAGUAGAUGUUCAAUGUUUUAAGCUUGAAGAAGAAAAGUGAAUAAUUUAGAAAUUAAUUCAGCGUUUCACACACUCAGUUCUUCGUUGUUGUUUUUUUUAAUAUCUUUACUUUUUGUGUGUUUUUUAAGCUCAUAAGUGCAUUUUCAAUGUUUUUGUAUCUGAAUGAUCAUCAGGAAAUUGACUUUUUAAUGCCUUUUUUUCUGGAAAAUAACAUAACGCCCAUGUUGUUCAGGAAUAAAUGUUUGUCUUUC